UCACCAACAUCAUUUGUAAUGAAUGAUGUUGGUUUCAUCAAAAAAUAAUAUGUAUUGAUUCUUGAGUGUAAUAGAUUACCCUAGAAAAAGGAUGGCGGCCGAUGCCCUAAGGAGACUAUGGGGGGAGAUGAGGGAACUAGGUCUCGGCGUCUCCGGCGAUCUCCACCGCCAUGAUUCAGCUCCUUCUCCUCUGCAAUUCCUCAGAGACCAUGUCUCUCCUAACAUGCCCUGCAUAAUCUCCCCGUCGGCCACCGCCCACUGGCCCGCCAUCGCCCGCUCACUCUGGAUCGACGACGACUAUCUCUGCAACACCCUCCGUUCCCAGAUCGUUUCGCUCCACCAAACCCCCAACGGCCGAGCCGACUCCCUCGUCCCCCUCCCCAAAUCAAGAUCGGAAUCGGACGAAGAUCGCCUCUGCUUCGCAACCCCUUUCGUCCAGCAGAUUCCAUUCCCGGAAGCCCUCCGGAUGAUCUCAUCUCCAACCUCCUCCCCCACGGCUCCCGUGGCCUACGCGCAGCAGCAGAACGAUUGCUUCCGUGGGGAGUACUCCGCCCUAGCGGCGGAUGUUGAACCCCACAUCCCAUGGGCUACCGAGGCAUUCGGCUGCUUCCCUGAGGCAAUCAAUCUCUGGAUCGGAAACUCCCUCUCCCAAACCUCUUUCCACAAGGACCAUUACGAGAAUCUCUAUGUCGUCAUCACUGGUGAGAAGCAUUUUCUUCUCCUCCCCCCAACAGAUCUCCAUCGCCUGUACAUCCGCUCUUAUCCCGCUGCUCGGUACAUCGCCUCUCCUGAGAGUGGUGAAUUGAUUUUGGAGCUGGAAUGCCCAGAGAGACAGGUGCCAUGGUGCAGUGUCGACCCCUUUCCAUCAUCGCGUGAGGCCAUGCUGAGGCAAAUGGCUUCCUUUCCUCUCUACUUCAAUGGCCCCAAACCAUUAGAGUGCACUAUCAAGGCUGGAGAGAUUCUUUAUCUGCCAAGUAUGUGGUUUCAUCAUGUUAGACAGACCCCGGACUGCAAUGGAACGACAAUUGCUAUUAAUUACU